UUUCUAAAUGCAGAAAAGGGGGUAAGAGGGAGACGGAGCAAACAGAAGGAGUGCGAGAAGCGGGAAGAAAAGCGACUUUCAGUCAAGAGGGUGAAGAACUCAACAAAUGCAAUGUUUUCCCGUAAGCAAAGUUUUGUCCUCGGAAAACAUUUCAAAGCCCUUACAAAAAAUUUAAAAAAUAUGUUUUUCAUAGGUUUCUUGAUAUGCUCUACAAUCUGGACAGAUCAGAAAACUUUUUGGUCUAGAAAACUGGUUUUCCAAAAACCGGGUCUCCGGAGGCCUAGCAGCCCAAAUGCUUGUCAUAGUCGGAUUCAGCAUGUUUGCUUACCUAUUGUCCACUAGCUUAGAGCUCAAAAGCGAGUUGACAGUUGGGGACCUUUCCUCGUGAGACUUGACUCGGACUGAAAAACAGACGACUUGCCCGUCUCUACAGAUUUUUACUAAGUUUUUAAUUUUUUUAAUGAAAAUCAGUGUCAUCAGGUUCAGCAUAGUCGAUGACUUAUAUUCUCAUCGAAUUUUGUGAUCGUCAAAAAUCAUCAGAAAUCGAUGAUACGACUCCGAAAAAUUCGAUAGCACGCCUUAACGAUGAGGAGCGAGAAGAUCAGAGAGGGUUCUUUAUUGUGAAGAGAAUACUCUGAACCAUUUUGCAGUGAAAAAAAAAUCACUACAAUUUUUACUUCAAACUUUUGAGCUGUGUAUGGCUUAAUUUUCCAAAGAUUGUCCGGUCACAAGAACGAUUUUGCUUAUGAAAAGAUGAUUGAAAAUCUCCUCAUUUUUAAUGACAAAAGAUCAAACUCUCUCUCUGUAUCGUUUGCUAUCGCGUUAUUUUAAAGAAUGAACAAGUGCACUCUUUUUCCUUAAUAAAUAAUAAUCUCUCGAGGCUCGAUGAAUUAAAUCAUUCAAUCAUAAAUACUAUUGAAGGAUGGUGGCCAUUUCUUGCACCAAUAAAACCGGGUGUCGUCAACGAUAAAGCUUUACUUGGGGGUAAAGUUGAAGCUGAAAUGACAUUGUUAUUAGCUGAGGAUGCUGAAAAAGCUCCAGUCGAAAGAGCACGUGCAGAAUUGCCUGACCCAAUUCGUCCAAAAACGUCAUUUUUAUGGUUUACAUCACCAUGGAAAACAUUACGUUUUGUUAUUUGGCGAAAUUUUAAAUGGCCAAUUAUUAUUGGUCUCGUUAUUUUUAUUGUUGUUCUCUUUUUUCUCAUUGCUCUAUGGACUGUACCAGGUGAAAUUGUUAAAAUAAUCACCGGCAAAAUAGUUAAAACCCAACCUUCGACAUAA